GGAGCUGUAGUUUUCUACUAAGGCGGAAAGUAGGACUGUGGGUUUGUCUGUGACUAAGCGCAUGGGAAAAAAGAUGGGUGGACCAAAGAGACAUGACAAGGAUUAAAGUAGGAUGUGGAGCAACAAAAGAUCAGUUUCGUCUCAGCUGAUCUGCAUACAAACAGGAAGAAAGGAAAACAAAGUAGUGGGGCACAGAAAACAGAGGACUUGCCUAAACAAGAGGCUUAAAAGAAGAAAAGCUGAGAGCACACGAGGCUUGCUCUCACUCACCAAAGGAGGGUAAAAACACUGAAUCAAACCAGGCAAGCAGGACGGCUGGGGAGCGUGAGCGAGAGGGGCCAGUGAGGCAUUAGAAGACAUAUAGAGAGCAGCGUGGCAAAAGAUCAACAGAGUUGAGAUAGAGACAGGCUUUGUGUGUGAGAUACAGCCGGCAGAGAAACGGUGGGUGAAGGAGAUAUGAAAACACAGGGAGGGUGACAGAAGGCAGACAAGAGUUAGUGCUGCGUAGGGUGAAGUGGGACAGAUAGGGAGAGAGAGAGGGGGGAGAGAGAGAGGGUGAGGGGGCUAAACGGGUGAAGUAAGCAGGAGGGGAAGAGGUAUGAGGGGACAGCCUUCGAAGUCAUUCUUCCAUGUGAUGAUCAUUCUCUUUGUGGGGAGCCUUCUGACCGUUCUCACUUGGGGCUUGCUCAACGACAAUAAUGUGGAACCCAUCAGACCUCCCCUUCAAAAGAAAGCCACCUCUCAGCCCCCUAACCCUUGUGAAGGAUGCAAGGAGGUCAUCGACGUAAUAAAGCGUUACUCUCAAACCUGGAAGAAGAAGGAGGACAAUUACAAAAAAUUCAGGUCCAACCUGAGCACCAAGUGCCACGGUUUUGAGAAAGCUAUUAUUACGCAGGCCAACACUCCAGUGGGAUCAAAGCUUGUGUACGACGGGGAAAAGAAGAGGACCCAUGUGGUGAACCAGGAGACUUUCAGCACUUUCGCAAAGGAGCAUCCUUUCCCAAAUAAAACAUGGGACACAUGCGCUGUCGUUGGCAACGGAGGGAUCCUGGCCAACAGCAGCUGUGGGCCGAUGAUCGAUUCCGCUCAGUUUGUUAUCAGGUGCAACCUACCUCCUUUGGAGAACGGCUAUGCGAAACAUGUGGGCAACAAGACUGAUCUUGUCACAGCAAAUCCAAGCAUCCUUCUAGAGAAGUAUGGCGCUCUAAUGGGGCGUCGGCGUCCGUUUGUGGAGAGCCUGCGUAGAUAUGGGAACUCCCUGCUGCUCAUUCCCGCCUUCUCCUUCGGCCACAACACUCCUGUUUCUCUGAGGGCCGCCUACACCAUUGAGGACUUUGAAAGCCCCAUCCGGCCUGUCUUCUUCAACCCCGAGUACCUCCAGAGACUGGCUGUCCUAUGGCGCGCUGAGGGCCUGAGAGCAGUGAGGCUCAGCUCCGGCAUAAUCAUGACUAGCCUGGCGCUUGAGCUCUGCUCCAACGUGCAUCUGUAUGGGUUCUGGCCUUUCAGUAAUCACCCACAUAGCUUCCAUGCCCUGACUAACCACUACUACGAUGACAUACAAGCUAAGAAGAAAUUCCACGCCAUGCCGGCUGAGUUCAACCUCUUGCUGCGGCUGCACAGUCAGGGGGUGCUCAGGCUUCACCUGGGAAACUGUAAACCAGGUGAAAAGUAGCUCCCAGAUCCAGGGACAACUAAGGACAUGGAGGCAAAGUGCCUCAGGAUGAAGGCAAUCACUCAUGAAGGAUUUCAUACACUUUUGACUGAUUGCAUGGAUCUAUUUUGGCUAAUGAUGUGGACCAAGUGUGUCCAUGCAAGGUGGACGCUUGGACCAUCAGCAGCCAAGACAUUUGCACUGAAAUCAAAACGGAACAAUCGAAGGACUGUAAACAUUCUGUAAACAACUUGUAUUUAUUGACACAAAAUGUUCCAGCGUUUGUCUGGAGGCACUUAUUUUAAUUUGGAAGCUUUUGUGACGCCUUUGGGAGGGUCUACAACUUAGUGCCUUUUACUAAUCAGUUACCAGUGACUGUUAUAUAAUUGAGCAUGGGGGCUUUUAAAUCAAAAUGAAUGUAUUCCGAAGAAAAUUAAAUACCUCCUUCACGUGAAGACUGUCUGGCUGGAAAAAACAAACUUAGCACACAUGAAUGUAAAGAAUAUUUUGUGAAUUUAAAAUGUUAAAACAUUUUUUUUUCUCACAUUCUCACAUUUAACCAAUCAAAGUGUGUGACUCACACACUUUGAUUAACACAAAUGUUAUAAAAGGUUUGUGGCGGCUGUGGAAGAUGAUUUCUGUGUUUAACUCCACAUCGCAGACACUGAUGAAUGCGAUAGGCACAUGAGGAAAGGGAUCAUGUCCCAGUAGCCUUAAGUACAAACCACAACGGACACUAAGUGAAGCUAAGAGCCAAGGACUGAACAGAGACACUACAGAAGGAAACAGGAACUCAAACACAAAGUUGCUAUGGUGAGCUUGUCUCCACCGCGACCACAUGGAGAAAGAUCCUGUCACAAAGUGGCAACAGGCCUGUUUUUUGUACUAUGCUAAUUUUAAAACAAGUGGUUUCUUUAAGUUGAUGUAAAAGCUAAUUCAAUCCAGAUUUAACUGAUUAAAUCUGGAUGUAAGGUGAUACAAUGAUUGGGAACUGUGCAAAAACUAUUGCUGAUACUUUUGUUAAGGUCUUUUUUUUUUAUAACACUUUCAUUGAGACUUUGGUGGGUUUUGUAAAACAGGAAGUUUUGCCUUUUGUGCUGAUAUUUACAGAGUCCUUCACCGGUGAAAAAUAAUGUACCAGCUGUAGAUGAACAAUCUGGAGCGGUGAGCCAAUUACAGAACUGUGCAAAUGAUUGUGGUUUUGUUGUUUUUGUGAACAGCGUGAGCUGAGAGGGAAAAUGAAGUUAAACUGAAUAAAUAUUUAUCAGGA